UCUAUGAUGACAUGUUCUCGUGUGUAGUUUACAUAUAUCUUUCGUAACAACAAUGAUUACAAUAAGAAAGAAAUGUAAUCAGAAAAAAUAUACAAAACUUUGGCCUACAAAAUAGGUACUAUGAACGCAUGUUAAAAGUAUUGAUUUUCUACGUUUGACAUUAACUUAAACCGUAAACGCCAUUUCCAUUGAUUCUGAUUGUGUAGCUUUUUAUUUUAAAAGGCUUAAAAUCUCUAACUCUGCUGUAAUCAUUAGUGUACAAUUAGCUAGUGACAAGUAGAUAAACUAAUGAUGUUGGUCUGUAAAUUAAUAGCUGUCCUACAUCGACAUUUUCGGGAUUAAAAUAGUACCUAUCGUUGCUAACAGUUUUCAUUACCUCUGUCGGUAUCAUUGAACUUUAAAAAACAUGUAGAUUCAACGAGUAAAACACCUUUGUAAAUAACAUAAUAAUCCCAACAGUUCAACUAAAACAUAAUAGUAGUUAAAAAUAAAUACGUGAAAAUUAAACAUUUAUCAUCAGUAUGAUUGGUAGUAAUAGGUGCUUAGGGCGCGGUUGUAUUUAUAAUAAUUUAACGCCUAUGUAAGUUGUCCCAAGUGGAAUGUCAGUAGCUGAAUGUUUCCAGAGGUUAAUUGAUGUGGAAUUUUGUGAAUAUGGACUCAACUACUGAACAUUGGGAUCCAGCACUCACUCGUCUCCUUGCAUCAUUGAAAGAAGUACAAUCAGGUGGAGAAGAUGUUGCAUUCCUAAGUGAACUGCUGCAGUCCAAACAACUCCAUGCACUUGUUCAAGUACAUAAUAAAAUUGUGGCCAAAGGCAAAGAUGAUAAGUUCUACCCUCUCUUAUCUAAUGCCAUGCAAGUAACUUUAGAAGUAUUUGAGCUCCUCCAUGAUGUAGUAUCUGUUUCAAAGGAAUAUAGAGAACUACUUAACUUAUUGCAGAAACCACAUUUCCAAGCAAUACUUUGCACUCAUGAUGCCGUUGCUCAAAAAGAUUAUUACCCACAUCUCCCUGAUGUUCCACCUGAACUAGAUGAUGAAGAAGAAACUGUAAAAAUUGUUCAAUUAGUCAAGAGUGACGAACCUUUGGGUGGAGCACAGAGUGCAGAACCAAUAGUGGGAGCCACGAUUAAGACAGAUGAAGAAACCGGGAAAAUCGUGAUAGCACGAGUAAUGCAUGGCGGAGCCGCCGACAGAUCUGGGUUGAUACACGCUGGCGAUGAAGUUAUCGAAGUCAAUGGCAUCAGCGUGGAAAACAAAACACCGGCUGAUGUGUUAUCGAUACUGCAAAGUUCUGAAGGCACAAUCACCUUUAAAUUAGUGCCUUCAUUUGGCAAAGGAGGUUCAAGAGAAAGUAAAGUGAGAGUUCGCGCUCUCUUCGAUUACAACUCUUCAGAAGACCCUUACAUACCAUGCAAGGAGGCUGGUCUUGACUUCAAGAAAGGAGAUGUUCUCCACAUCGUGUCUCAAGAUGAUGCAUACUGGUGGCAAGCUCGAAGGGAAGGUGAUAGAGUAAUGAGAGCAGGUUUGAUACCUUCAAGAGCUCUACAAGAAGGUCGCAUUAUUCAUGAAAGACAAACAGACCCACAGACAUUGGACGGCAAGCCGGCCCUUUGCAGUGUCUCCAAUUCAAACUCGGACUGUGCUCCAAAAACUCCAUGUUCACCUACGCCGUCGGCCACCGCUCUCCUCCCCUGCAAGUCUACACCUAAAGUGAAAAAGGUUAUAUAUGACAUUACAGAAAAUGAUGAUUUUGACCGUGAAAUGAUACCGACAUACGAGGAGGUGGCGCGGUUAUACCCGCGCCCCGGGAUGGUCAGACCCAUUGUGUUGGUAGGUGCGCCGGGUGUCGGUAGGAAUGAGUUGCGCAGGAGACUUAUUGCUACCGAUCCUGAGAAAUAUGUGACACCUAUACCAUUCACUUCCCGUGUUCAAAAAUCGAGCGAACAGAAUGGUAAAGAUUACAUGUUCGUCAGUCGUGACAAAAUGGAACAGGAUAUAGCGGAUGGAAAAUUUAUCGAGCACGGUGAAUAUAAGGGUAAUUUAUACGGAACGACGGCGGAGAGCGUCGAGACCAUCAUAAAUUCGGGUCGCGUGUGCGUAUUAAGUCCUCACUGGCAAGCUCUGAAGAUGCUCCGCACCCCUCGAUUACGGCCUUAUAUCGUGUUCAUCAGACCACCUACGCAUGAGCGCCUAAUCGAGACCAGGACAGCAGCUAAUGCACGCUCCACCUUCGACAAGGAAUGCUCCCGUGCUUUCACUGAAGAAGAGUUCUCAGACAUCGCGCGGUCGUCCAACCGCAUCAACUUCCUGUACGGCUACAUGUUCGACGAGGAGAUCGUGAACGAGGACCUGGCCAGUGCUCUCUCGCAACUUCUCAAGACAGCCUGGCGGGUGCAGUCCGAGCCGCUGUGGGUGCCUGCCUCCUGGGUCCAGUAACUUCAAUAUUCAUAUACUCUUGUUACUUCUAAUCAUUUAUCCAUGGAAUCAUUCAUAAAACCACUGCAAAUGUUCAUACAAUCUAUAAAAUAAUGUAGCACCUAUGUACAAGUAACGAAAUUUUGUUUAGUGUAGAGAAGAACAAUAUUUUCCCAGUAAGGUAUAAUAUUAUGUAUAUUUUUGUUAAAAGAAAAUAAUAUCUAGAUUAAUUUCGUUCGAAACAUUGAGAGUGGUUCCUUGAUAAAGACGAAAAGCCUUAAAUUAAAUAUAUUUUUGCUUAAUAGAAUAUUACGAACAGGGCUUCGCAAAAUAGAUUAAGAUAUUUUAUUAUGUGAUUUUAUUAGAAAAGAGAUGUUAAACGCAUAUCGUAGGGUUGUUUUGAGCGUUUUUAUGUACCCGAGCAGCUGUUAGUGUUUGCGUGCUUGCGUUGCAUAUUAUUCGACAGACGGUGGAGAAAAGUGUUAUUUGAAAUGCUGGCGAUACGAACUGUUAAAUGAGGCAUGCGCCUUGUCUUAGUCGAGUAAAAUUACUCCAAUUAUAUUGUUAUUGCCUUAACCAAAAACGAAAUCUACUUAAAUUGUCGAAUUAAAAUUAUUCUAAAAUUUUAAUAGAAUUUAGUUGAAAUAUAUUUGUGGUACGCUGAGAUCAGUCGUUAUACAAUUGUAAAUUAUUGAAUUUGCAUUAAGGAACUUAUUGAUGUUGCUUAAAUUAUUAUUGAACAAAUGUCUAUUUAAAUUAUUUUUUUCUUAGUCGCCACCAAAAAUGUGGUGAACACCGGCACAGAAGACGUGAUUAUUGACGUAGUAACUAAAAUAAGGUAAAUACUACAAGAAGACCUAUAUUAUUGAUCUCAUUAAUUUAUUUAUUUAUGACUUGAAAACGAGGGUACAAUAAAUGUUGUCACAAGUUUACGCGACUAAGGCAAUGAGAUGGAGUUCUGCACGAGAUGAACUUCGCGGUCGUGGGGUCUACCUACAGUCCUACAAUACAAUGAUCUAUAGCUAUUAAUAUGGGACCUAUAGGACUUUAAAAUUGAGUUCUAGGACCUGUUAUAGCUAAAUAGAUGCGAUUGUAAUGGCGGUUCCUCUUGGGAUACGUAGGUAUUUACCAUAGUUUGCGUAGGUCAGGUUUUUGAAAAGGAAAGUACAGGCAGUCCUUGUACAUUUUACAAAUACAGUUUAUAUUGAAAUAAAUUUGCAAUUGUGCAGUGGUUGACAAACAUUUGAAUAAUAUUUCGGUAUUCCUACCCGUGAAGAUAUAUUAUAACAAAUUUUACUUGUAAGUAUACACUUUACAGGCGUUUAAUGAAAUUGUUGUUUGGGGCGCUUUUCAGCUAUACAUAUAAAUAUAAAAAAAUAUGAUUCAAGAAUUUUAUUUCUCAUAAAAAUAAUACAAUUCACUUAAGAUAUGAGAAAACAUGAUAACUUAAAAUUAAAGUACCUACAGAGUAUGAGCAUGCGGGCGGUACAUUGAAAUUCCUCUACUAAAAUAUAUAGUUAGUUAACAAUGUGGGUAUUACUAAAAAUAUAACAAAAAUAACUCAUAUUGUAACUGUCGUGAGACAUACUAAAUAAAUUAUUCACCAAUGUGGGUAUCACAAAAAUUAAAGUUGGUUAUUAUUACGUGCCGCUUUGUUAAUAGCAUCUCAUAGACUUAUUUAGUUCUAUACAGAUUUUUGUUUUUCUUUUAUUUAUUACCAUUUUCUAAUUAAUUUGUUAGUUACAUUUAAUUUUUAUUUUCGU